CGCUUUGGGUUGGUAAACUUCUAUGAACUGUGCAAGCUGCAAGUACGGAACUUGUCCUGUCUAUCGAUCUUAGACGUGGAGCCCAUGUCACUUAACACUCCAGGCCUACUAUAAUAUACUUCAGCGAUACGGUUGUUGCUGGAUACCUUAGAGGCUCUCGGCAAUUGUUCGGUUGACUUGCUACUCCACAAACCACCAGAAGCACGCGGGUGUUAAGCAAUAUGGGCUGCGGCGCUAGCAGUGAAGCCGGGCUGGGGGUUGCCAACCCGACCGCGGCCCCGGCAGCCUCGAAGCCUGCCACCGAUGGCUUCAUGACGGACUUGCUGGAGUUCCUUUUUAAAGCCGUGACCGACGAGGACUUCAUAGAAAACUUGUUUCAGAACCUCGGCUCAUCCGACAACCCGUCCACGGAAGUCGAGAAGCUGCUGAAGGCCGUCAUCAGCAUCAUCGAGACGGUCGCCAGCACCACUCCGCCCAAACACAAGAUGUCGGAAUUCCUACUCGGCUGCCUGGUGGCCUUCCUGUGCCACCUGACAGUCAAGUUCAAGGGCCCCGAGAAGACGCUGCAGCUGGCCACCCUGCAGGAGGCGGGAUACCACCUGGACGCGAAGUGGGCGGAUGCGGUGUACGACAAGGACAAGUGCGCUGACCCGCGGGUCGCGCUGGCGGAGAGCCUCAGCAAGCAGCCCUUUGCCAUCACCAUCAAGCCGGAGGACAUUGUCCACUUCCGACCCACAUCCUCACUCGCCAAGCCCGCAGUCGCACUCGCGCUCGACCACAGCCGGCAGCUCAUCCUAGUUGUCGUACGCGGUACCGCCAACUUCAAAGACAUGCUAACCGACGCAGCGGGUGCAGCGCGCGAGUGGUGCGGCGGCUACGCCCACGAAAUGGUGUCCACGGGCGCUAAAGCCAUUUUCGAGGAGCUCCGAAGCCAGAUCCUGGAUCUCAAGAAGGCGAACCCGGCCUACGCCGUGCGAACCGUGGGUCACUCGCUCGGCGGCGGUACGGCGGGCUGCUUGGCGCUGUUGAUGCACCGGGAUGAGGAGUUUGCCAAGGCGGUGUACGGCGAUGUGACGAUUCCUGCCAAGAAGGCGAAGGGUCGCUACAUGAUCACCUCUGUUGGGUUUGGCAGCGCUGCCGUACUGAGCCGGGACCUGACGGAGGAGGUGCACCCCUACGUGACCACCGUGGUGCAUGACUCCGACCUGGUCCCCCGGCUGUGCCUCCAGAACAUCAGCGACCUGGUGGUCACUGCGGACGUGCUGGUGGAUGUCUUCAAGGCGGUGGCGAAGGCACUGGGCAGCCUUAUCGCGGGGGAGACGCCGGAGGGCAUGAACGACUUUGAGGCGAUUGGGAUGCUGGCGAAGGCGGCGACCGACCCGGCGGGUCUGCUGCGGGAGAUGCUGCAGGAGCAGGCGGAGGCGGGUAUCCAGGACGCAGUGGCCGCCACCCUCUCCCGCCAAGACCCCAAGCGCCUCUACGCGCCCGGCCGGCUGGUGCUGCUUACCCGCCCCGAGUCCUCAUCCGCCGCCGCCAGCCGCGCCUACUCCAUCGCCAAGGGCAGCAUGGCGACGGAGGCCUCGGAGCUGCUGCUGCGGGGCAGCAUGCUGCGCGACCACUCCAUGGAGGUGUAUGUGCACGUGUGCUGCACGGGGGAGGUGCACCCGGGGGAGCUGACCAAGGUGGCGGCGGCGUCGUGAGGGAGGAGGGGUAUUAGGUAAACUGGUACAGGAGGAGGUUGAAGUGAGGGGAGACGGAGGAGCCCCUGCAUGAGGGGGGGAGGUUAUGUGGUGCGCUCCGGGUAUGCGCGUGGUUUGCGUGUCCUGCUCGUACUUGUAUAUAUUAGCGUGUAGUGUGUUGAGACCCGCGACAGGGUGAUAUCGGUGGGUAUUGUCUCGUGAUACGGAUAGUAGUCAUGGGGGUGGGUGGCUGUCCGGUAUGCAGCGUAAAUAUCCUGCAGGAUAAACCGGUGGAUGCCUGUUCAUGGCAUCAGUGCUCUCUCAUUUGCAGUGUGGCCCCCUAUCUAAUCUCUAAUGAGCUUUGUUGCCUUUGUCUUAUCGAAUUUGAUCAUCAAUGCGGUCUUACUCCUCGUUUUGUGGGUUUCGAAGUACUGCCGACGGAGAGCGAAACAGUUCCUGAAUGACACUUGAGUGGUUGUACUUCUUAUGCGUGUCAACUGUUACCUACCUGCCGCUAUGGCUGCUCACCAAUUACAUCAAACUAUACCGCAUUGCAGUAUUAUACUUGCGGCGCUGUGACCCCUUCCCUUGUGAGGACUAGCUGGAGCCACAGCCUAGACAGUAGCACUGUACGGCGGCUGUGUGUACGACAUUGUUGUAGGGGUCGCGAUAACCUGACCGGCAAUGUAUCUGGUGCCCUGUUUCUCUGCGGCUAUCUGACGUUGCAGUUGGUUUGCAGUACGGCAUAUAUGUAUUAUGGGGUGCAGCGACAGCCGUGCCGGUGGAAUGGAUGGGUUGUAUAUGGCUGGCCGGUGGUGCUGGAGGCCAUGUUUUGAACACCAGGAUAUGAUAUCCCGACUGUCAGAGUAUCAACUGGGCGAAGCCUCAUGUUAGCUUUGUCGUACAGAUGAGCACCGCCCUUGCUUUGACAGACGUGGUGUAUAGGUUAUAACUUAUAAGGUUCCCAUGACCUGUCUAAUCGUUCAUGCAAUUCCGAAUGUAAACCCAAGUCCUGAGUCCCCCGGCCCAGGAAUAGGUGCUGUGUUGUCAUAGGACCUAAUGAGAGACAGCGGUUGGCAAGGGCACCCGUGUAGUACGACAGGCUGCAGUGAUAACACAUCCGCGGACUCCGGUAAUUGUUGUUCGUGUCUUGCCAGUAGGUAGUCACACGCAAAGCGUCGCUAAAGGCAGCGGAAAGAGAUCUAGUGCUUCGAGUCUCGAACGUGUUGGAGACCUCUCAGCAGUUACCCAUCUUCAUGCUGUUCCUGUGAUAAGCUUACAUACAACAGCUUAGCUGCUGGCCUGCUCUCAUGGAUGUUGGGGAGUUCCAUUUGCGCUGCGAGCUUCGUGGCCAUGACGAAGAUGUUCGCGGCGUGUCAGUCAGCCCGCUAGGCAUCCUGACCGGCAGCCGCGACAAAACAGUCAAACUCUGGGUUGAGAGCGAGCAGGGCGCUCCCGCCGCAACAGAUGCUGCCGCCGCAGGGCCCUCCACAGCCACUACCAGCAGCAGCAGCGGGGGCGGCGGUUACAGUCUGGCUCAGACGUUCGUGGGUCACACGGACUUUGUGGGCCCUGUGAUGUACGUGCCGCCGGGGGUGCUGGAGGAGUGCCCGCAGGGGGCCGUCGUGUCAGGCUCCCGUGACAAGUCCGUACGCGUGUGGGACCCCGCCUCCUGCGCCUGCCUGGCCUGCCUGGAG